AGCGUGUAGGUGUGUAUUCUCGUGGCGACGUUGCUACGCAAGCCUUCUGCUUGAUCUGCUCGACUUCUACUCUUGGCCGUUGAGUUGUAGUGCAUACUGACUUUUCUAGCACGAACACCUUCGGAGCCUGAAGCAUGGUUGCCGCUAUUAUCUCGUAAUCUAUAAUACCCACGAAGCAUCCAGGACACACUCGAUCGUCCCACCUUCAAACCCGCCCCUCACGGGCAACGAUCCCAACCAUGGCGAUUCUUAGGCAGACGUGGAUUCUUACAAAGAAGACGCUGCUCAUUGUGGCAUGGCGGCAAUGGUUCUUCACCAGCGUGCGCGCCUUCUGGGCGCCCAUAAUCUUCAUGUUCUUCAUUACGUACGCAAAGAACUUCUUCAUCCCUCCCUCUGAAUUCGGCAUCGGCAGCCCACUACCUAUUCGCUCCUUCCCCAACGCCCUCGCCGCUGCUACAGGCGGCCGCGACAAAGUUGUCUUUGUAAACAACGGUCACACGGGUGGCGACAUCGAGAAUGUCAUUGGAAGUCUUUCAACCCGAGUGCGCGAUGCAGGUCUUCAGCCUAUCACGAUCAACAAUGAGGUCGAGCUCCUAACGACGUGUUCUUCGUCCCUGCGUGGUGCUAGCACGUGUUUCGGCGCGGUCGCAUUCCAUUCUAGUCCCAACGAAGGCGGCGGCCCAGCAUGGAAUUACACAAUGCGCGCCGACGGCGUGCUAGGCUCACAGAUCUACGUCGAUCAAGAGGAUAAUGAUGUGCAGAUCUAUAUUCUGCCGUUCCAGCGCGCCAUCGACGAAGCUAUCGUAGGCUUGAACAGUUCAGCCAGACCAAUCCCUGCUAUCGACGAGUUCCCGUACACCGAACGCACGCAAGAAGAGAGGAAUGAGCGCAUCAGGGUGCUGUACAUGGGUGCUCUGAUCAACAUCAUGGGCGCAGCUUUAUACAUUGGCGUCUGCGGUGUUACGUAUCAGCUUACCGGACAGAUGGCUGAUGAGCGGGAGCGUGGUAUUUCACAACUAGUCGAAGCUAUGUCUCCCGCGAAGAAGGCAUGGCACACCCAGUUUGCGCGUCUGCUGGCCAACCACAUUGCGUUCGACAUCAUCUACUUUCCCGGAUGGGUCAUCAUGGGUCUGAUUGUGUGGGCGCUCGCCUUCAGGUCGUCAAACGCAGGCAUUUUGGUUAUUUUCCACAUAUUGGCCGGCUUGUCACUGACGAGUUUCUCCAUCUUCGGCGCGGCAUUCUUUCGCAAGGCACAGCUGAGUGGAAUCACGAUUGUAAUCAUCCCCAUUCUUCUGGCAAUCAUUGCGCAGGUUGCUGGUCCGUUUGGUACGUCGGCAGUCUACAUUUUAAGCCUGAUUUUCCCGUCGAUUAACUACGUUUUCUUUAUUGUCUGGAUCGCGCGAUUUGAGAGGGAGCUUACUGGCGCCAAUCUUGGGCAAGGUGCGCCUGUGUACGAAGACCAUGUCUGGACGACACCAGGUAUCGUCUUCUGGGUAUUCCUAGUGAUACAGACACUUGUAUACCCCUUCCUCGGUGCACUUGUAGAGCGAUGGCUGUACGGUACCGUUUCAGCUGACCGCAAGACCACUACCGACUCGCCUGAGCACAACAUUAUUCUCAGGAACUUCUCGAAGCACUGGACACCGAGUUGGUCUAGGAAUAUUCUAGCCAAGAUUGGUAUCAAGCCUCCAGAGACUGUAAUCGCCGUCGACGACUUCAGCAUCAAGGCGCGCAAGGGGCAAAUCAUGGUUUUGCUAGGUGCUAACGGAAGUGGCAAAUCAACAACUCUGGAUGCUAUUGCGGGCCUGAACACUAUCACAAGCGGAUCCAUCGAGAUUGACGGUACUGGAGGUCUAGGUCUUUGUCCGCAGAAGAAUGUUAUGUGGGACGAGCUGAAUGUUUACGAACAUGUUCGAAUCUUCAACCAGCUGAAGUCAACUGGCUCUUUCGAUAGUAAGGAUACCGUUGAAGAUUUGAUCCGUGCCUGUGACCUGGGACACAAGAUCAAAGCUCGAUCAAGCACGUUGUCGGGAGGCCAGAAGAGGAAGCUUCAGCUCGCUAUGAUGUUCACUGGUGGAAGCAAGGUCUGCUGUGUUGACGAAGUUUCAUCUGGCCUGGAUCCUCUUUCACGACGGAAGAUCUGGGAAAUCUUGCUUGCUGAGCGUGGCGACCGCACUUUCCUCCUGACAACGCAUUUUCUCGACGAAGCAGACGUUCUUGCCGACUACAUCGCCAUCCUUUCGCGGGGCGUAUUGAAAACGAAGGGUACAUCUGUUCAGCUGAAACACGAAGUCGGUGCGGGAUAUCACGUUACCUACCCGCGAGACGCGCCUGUCUCGCCCCCAGCAGACGCAACCAAGAAGCCUGCACCCUCAGCUGACAUGAUCCAAUAUUGGUUCCCGGAGGCCCUUCCCGCUACCCACUUCGUUGAUGUUCUGAGAUCCAAGGGCGUUAAGAACUACGAUAUUGUAGGCCCAACACUGGAAGACGUGUUCCUUGCGAUGGCUGAAGAGGUCAAAGAACAUAAUCUUAUGGACGCCAGUGAGCAACAAGCUGUUCUGGCGACAAACAAAGAAGGCGGUCAUUCCUCAGACCAGGUAUUGGAUACAGACAAAGGACUCGAGAUGGGUAAGGGCCGAGGCACGUCGAUGGGCAAACAGACCCUGAUUCUUAUGCAAAAGCGCUGGACAAUUCUUCGUCGUAACUUUUGGCCGUAUAUCUUCGCUGUGUUGUUACCGAUAGUUGCUGCCGGACUGGUCACACUGUUUCUUAAGGAUUACGAGGCGGUUGGCUGCGACAUUGGAGCGAAUUCCAACGACCCCCAGGUGUAUACGCUCGAGAACACCGAUGCGAUCCCCCUUAUUCCUAUCGGCCCGUCAAGUCUCGUCGGAGACGCUAUAUCGACUAUCAUCCAACGCAGUGGUGUGAGCAAUGACAGCUUCCACAUUGUUGAUACCCUGGAGGAAUUCAACGAUUUUGUACAGGCCUCCUUCCGCAACAUCACCCCUGGUGGCUUCUUCAUCCGCGAAAAUGAACCUACAUUAAUGGCUUACCUUGGCAACCCGGAGGUAGUCGGUGGCCUCAUCACGCUUAACACACUUGACAACGUGCUCUCAAACGUCUCCAUCUCCACGCAAUAUCAGCAGUUUGCCGUUCCAUUCUCGCCGAACAUGGGCGACACUCUCCAGCUCACGUUGUAUUUCGGUCUGGCCAUGAGCGUCUUCCCUGCGCUCUUUGCGCUGUACCCGACUCAAGAGCGUUUGAGGAAGGUGCGAGCGCUGCAUUACAGCAACGGCAUUCGAGCUGUCCCACUGUGGUUGGCAUAUACUGCUUUCGACUUCAUCUUCGUUCUCAUCAUCUCAGGUGUGACGACAGCCAUAUUUGUCGGUGCCUCCGAUGCAUUCUAUGGCCCUGGCUACAUGUUUGUAGUUUUUGCUCUAUACGGUCUGACUGCGAUUCUGUUCUCGUACCUCAUUUCUAUCGUGGUGACCUCGCAGCUUGCCGCUUUUGCUUUCGCAGCGGGAGGCAUGGUAUCCUUGUACCUCAUAUACUUCAUUGGGUAUAUGGCUAUUCUUACUUACGCGCCCGCGUACAAGAUUGAUGAUUGGAUCGAUAUCUUCCAUUGGACGGUCACACUCAUCGCGCCUUCUGGUAGCUUGCUCAGAACACAGUUGUUGGCACUGAACUCGUUCAGCGUGCUCUGUGAUGGAGAUCAAAUUCCAAGAUAUCCUGGCAAACUCACAGUUUACGGAGGCCCUAUCAUUUACCUCACAGUCCAAGCAAUUCUGCUUUUUGUUGCACUUGUUUGGUGGGACUCUGGAUACAGACCGCCCUUCCUCAACCGUGCGAGCAGUCGCCAGAAGCAUACAGAAGAGAACUUAGAGACUAUCCCGCCCGCCGUCCUUGCUGAAACUACACGAACCGAACAGUCCAAGGAUAGCUUGCGCGUGCUGCAUUUGCAGAAAACAUUCGGCGCUAAUCACGCAGUGAACGAUAUUAGCUUCGGCAUACCGCAAGGCCAAGUCUUUGGCCUGCUCGGUCCCAACGGCGCAGGUAAAUCGUCAACCAUCUCUCUCAUUCGUGGUGAUAUCCACCCAACAACAUCCAUCAACGGUGGUGGCGAUGUGCUCAUUGAAGAUAUUUCCAUCAUCUCCAAACGCGCUGCUGCGCGUGGGCACCUGGGUGUGUGUCCUCAAUUCGACGCCAUGGACACGAUGACCGUUACUGAGCACCUAUACUUCUACGCCCGUGCCCGUGGUGUGCCUGAUCCUGAAUCUUCGGUAAAUGCAAUUUUGCAAGCUACAGGUUUAGCACGUUUCCAGACUCGCCUUGCUUCCAAGCUUUCUGGUGGCAACAAGAGGAAGCUGUCUCUUGGCAUUGCACUGAUGGGCAAUCCGUCCGUUCUGCUACUUGACGAACCCAGUUCGGGUAUGGAUGCAGCCGCAAAACGUGUCAUGUGGCGUACGCUCCUUGGUGUUGCAGCCCCUGGUCGCGCGCUGCUGAUCACUACUCACUCCAUGGAAGAAGCAGAUAAGCUCGCUACCCGAGUCGGUAUAAUGAAGAGGAAGAUGCUGGCACUGGGCACAGUCGGUCAGCUCGGUGAUCAGUAUGGCGACGCUUGGGUUGUCCAACUUGUUCUCAAGAGUGCGCCCGAGACCACAGAGGAAGAGAUGGAGGCAUGCAAGGAUUGGGUGCGGCGCAAGAUUCCUGGCGUGCAGAUGGACAAGUGGGGCUCCCGAGGCGGUGGGCAUGGGCAGCUGAGGUUCAAGGUACUGAAGGCUGGGAAGGGCGAGGCGGACGUGUAUGAGGAGGUCUCACGUAUUCCGUCAAGUCUAACUGACAACGUUGAGAAGCCCAGCGCCGGUACGGAUGCUGAGUUGGUUCGCACGCAUUCUUCAGACCUGGGCGGCAUCCCUGGUCUGAUUCAGCUAUUGGAGACGAACAGGACCGAAUUGGGGUUGGAGUAUUAUUCUGUUUCACCCACCACACUCGAUGAAGUUUUCCUGCGCGUUGUUGGAGAGGAGGAGGAAGAGAUUAGGAAGGAGAAGGGUAGUUCAGGUGGUUUCAAGAGGGCGCUGAAAUGGCCUUGGGCUUGAUUGAGUGAAUGGCAUUGUGGGCGUUCAAGAUACCAAGCAUAUAGAUUGAGAGAGCAAGAAUGAAGUCGUACGAGCAAGCCUGGGGUAUUGUUAUCAUCCUUUGAACGGUCAAAAACGGUCCAAGGUCCAGG